AUGGACUUCCUAAGCCAAACACACCACCAAACUGCUGUCCGUAGGUCGUCCGAAAUGGCUCAUUAUCAGUAUCCAUAUCAGAUGCUGCAACCAGAGCAAUUCCUAUCCUCCAAUGUCGAGCCUCAACUGAUGCCAUCGCAUUUCGCAUUUGCCCCGUGGCAGAAUGCUGAUUUCGCGAUGGCGACAAACGCAAAACUCUUCCUCGGAAACGAUGAUUUUUCGUCUGCUCCAAUCGCCCAGAGAUACGCAGCCCGCACGCCCUCCGUGUCGCACAGCGUAGGCCCAAGACGCGUCGACGCAGCCGCAGCACCCCUCGACAAUGCCAUCCAGACUGGCUCACCGUGGGCCUCAGCCGACCCAACAACUCCAGUCGGAGGCGAGACCAUGACUGGCUACGUCCCCAGCCCCAUGGGCACAUUCAGUAGCGCUGCUAGUAACACGAGCUUUCCUCUCACGCCAGAUGCUGUGAACUCGGUCGCAGGCUUCGACUGGCAGAACCCCGACAUUAUGACGAGUCCUGGUGUGUCGUUUGGUGUCGAGGCGUGGCCGAUGAGGUCAUCAUUUGACAAAGGCAGCACAGCCGAAACGAUCACAAUACGUUCCGGUCUGCCUCAUAUGGCAACUCCGCCAUUGUUGGACGAUGUUGCUGGAGUCGUAGAUGCGGAGACCUUCGUUUCUUCCCCUAGUUAUUCACAGCAGAGUGUUGAACUCGCGCCAUCCGGUGUUGACAGUCCUUUGCAAACCCCCGGGCUCGACCAGUCGCAGCCUGAAAAGACCGAAUCCAGGAAACGUGGCAGGAAGAAGACUCCUGAAUCCGCCCGCAAAGUGUGUGGUCAAGAUAACACAACUCCUGUACCUGCAUCCGGCCGUGCGUUGCGGACCGCUGCCCGCAAGGUGGUGCGCUUCAAGUCGGCGCAAAAGCCCGGAGAGUCGGCAGAAGAGCGUCGCGCCAGAGUAAACCACAACCAGGUUGAGAAGCAAUACCGCAACCGAUUGCACGAGUACUUUGAUAACCUCCUCAAGGUGCUUCCUGACAACCCUGGCAUGAUGGAGCCCAAAGCCGAGCCCGAGAACGAUGAUGAGUCGCAGUCGUCUUCGUCCACAUCGGGGCGGAAAUCGAGGAAUUGGAGCAAAGCCGAGGUCCUAGAGAGGGCAUGUCAUCACAUCCAUGAGCUCCAAAACGCGAAUGCCAAGUUGAUGCAAGAGCUGGAGACCAAGAGACGCGAGUCGUCCGCUUCGUCCGCUUCGCUGCCAUUUUCAAGCUGA